GCAAGCGCGUGAUGGCACGAAGAAGGACGUUCCUUGAGGAGCGCCCCUUGGGCAUUGAACCGCCUAGGGAAGUACCGGGUGGGAUGGAGGUUAGCCUGCCGGCAACAGGCGAGGGAUGGCACCAGGUGGCGGAUUGGGUCGGUAUCGAGCUUGCGGAAAAUAUGGUUUAUUGGGUGACGAAAAUUGAGUGGCGAGCGGCUGAGAAUGGGGAAUGGAACCCAGACCCACGGGGGCACGUGCGCGCAGAAGGGCGGUUGUAUGUGUCGGAAAACGGAUGGAGGGAGUUCGGAGUUCGGUUGGCAUCAGGAGAAGACCCGUUGAGCAUGUUUGCAGGGGCAUGGCAGUUAGUAUGGCAAGCAGGAUUUGAGUUCGCAGAUCCAGGGGUUGACGAUGUAACAGCGGACCUUAGGGUAGCUGUGGCUGGGAGUUUUGAACUGCCUAGCGAAAGUGUACGAAUGAGGUUGCCACCCUUCUUGCUGGAAAAACUGGGCGGCUUGGAACUUGUUAGACAAGCAGUAGCCGAUCUCACAAGCCUGACAUAUGAAGAGACGCUGGUACAUCGAGAAUACUACCGGGCCUUCUUAGAAAUGGGGCCGUUCAGCGGAGAGCAGAAGUACGAGGUGCUGCGCAUCCUGCGUGUUGUGUUUAGUACCAGGCCGAGGGUUCAGGUCGUGGGAAGUGAGGUCCUGUGGGGCAUUGUCCGAUGGGAGAUAAAUCAAGGAAUGGCGUACGUAGAUGAUCUGUACCGAGUAUAUAACCAGACGGAGGAGGGGACAGGGGCGUGUGACGGACUCUGGAGCCUUAGGGAGAGAGUGCUAGGAUGGUUCGACCCAGAAGGAACACCGAAAACCAGGGAGAAACAGAGGGAAAGCAAGGAAGGGGAAGGAGUCAGUGCAGCCGGGGAAGCAAGUGGCUCCGAAGACGGUCUCAAGAAAGUAGUCGUCACCCUCAACAGGACGCUGAACAAGAAUCAGGGGUAUCUCGCAGAUGCAAAAAAAAAACUCAUGUUCGAUGGCGCCAACAUUACGGAGUCUCUAAUAAACUAUAAGAACCUAGCAGCCUUACUGAAAUGGACGGAAGAGGAAAAAAUGGAGCCCCUAGGACAGCACGUAUCGCUAAGUUUGGGAAGGGACAUUAUGGCCAUCGUCGUCUCCAGUGGAUCCUGGAAAGAGACCAGGAAUAUGAUGAGGAAAUACCUGAAGGCAGAAAAAACGGCAACAGAGGCAGAAUUAGUCGCAGUCCAGAGGAAAAACUAUGCGACCUACAACGAUUUCCUGAGGGCGUUCACGUUAGUGGCUCUGCGAAUUCCCGGGGUAACGGACCGCAUAAUGAGUAAAUACUUCCUCAAGCAGUUCUCCGAGUUUGAUAAGGAUAAGAUUUUGUCAACAUACCAGCAGACCAGUAAGUUCGAAUACACGAGAGCUGUGGAUUUCAGCACCGUAACAGACCUUGCGGAAAAGACAGUGGUUACUGAGACGCUAGCCCUACUUAAGGAAGGGGAGGUCAUAGAUCUGACCGGGAAGACAGGGGAUAAGGUCAAGAAGGGGAUAGAGAGCCUGCACGAACGGGUGCACGGGGUUAAUAGCAAGAUGGACAGAAUGGAAAAUGCGUUGUUAGUAAUGCGGGCACAAGUGUCCAGACCCGCCCUUCCGCCUCAAGAGGCCGUGGUUCCGACAGCCGUAGCAAACCAGGGGUUUGGCAAAAGGGACCCGGCCAACGAACAAUGCAAGUAUUGCACCAUGAUCGGGCAUUUUGUAUGGGCCUGUCCGAGACUCAAUCACGACAUUGAGCGGCAGAGGUGUAGUAGGUCCCUCAAAGGCGAGAUCCUCGGACCCAGGGGAAACCGCGUCAACUGGAACUCGCCAGGAGGGAUGCGGCGAGUCGUCAUCCUCCUGAAUAACUUAGAGAUAGCUAUCGUAGAAGCAGAGCCAAUAGCCAAGAUUGUUUGGGACCAGCCAAGGGGACGGGGACCACAGACCAAUUUUAUCUUAGAAGGCAAUGGCCAGGAUAGAGUAAACAUCACCACUCGUCGGGCCUGCGCAGAAAAUAAACUUAUUCAAGACACAGUAAUGGAGGAACUCGCAGGGACUAGCACGAGUCAGCAAGAGACCGAAGCCGCGGAACAAGAGAAGGUCUAUGGGAAGCCAAGGGAGGACGAACCGGUAGACAAGGUUACGGCCACAAAAAAGAAGUUCAGGUAUCAAAUUCCAAUCCUGACUUCGCCAGAAAUCGAUGGCACCUUGAGUAAGCUACUGGGUACCAUGGUAUCGGUGUCUUUUCAGACCAUGCUGCAAGCCAACCCAAGGCUGCUUAAAGGACUCAGGCAGCUGCUAACGCGUAAGCUCGUAGAGGUAGAGGAGACCCCGGAACUGCAAGAGCAGGACACGGAGGAGGCCGAGGUGCCUCAAGGAGUCUCCAACCUCCAAAGCAUUCCUGGGGGCCUGGGAGAGUUGGAGAAAGCCUUUGAGGACAUCCGCCUAAGCCUACCGAAUCGUGAAGGUGGCGAAGUCAUGAGGGCGCUACCCGGGACAAAGCUUAGCUUCCAUGCAUUAUCAGUUGAGAAACUUAAAGUUCAAAUCGGAACUCACCACACUGACGCGUUAGUGGACGGCGGAGCAGAAAUCACCCUUAUUCGACGGGAUUUCGCAACGGUCACGGGGUGCACGGUAAACAAGGAAGUAGCAGGGAGUAUCCGGGGAGCAGGUGGCGAAAUUCCUUUCACAGGGUAUGUCACCAAAUGUGCAGUCAGGGCGGGAAUCCGGGAAUCCAUCUGGUCCUUUCAGCGGAUGACCGUGAUGGAAGAAAUGGAUCACGACGUAAUCCUCGGGAGACCAUGGUGCGCCAAUGUGGAAAUGAUAGGAAUGCAUCUGCACGACGAUACAUACAUGGUAGACAUAGAGGAUCCGGUGACUGGUCACGGAGAACUCCUCCGACUCCUCGGAACUGGAGGGGACCCUCCGAAUGGCAAAUUGGCAACCUGGUCGCCAACAUUCGAAGAAAGUGCACGGAAGGGGGCAUUCGCACGAAUGGAAGGAAUGAGGGAAAGGGUAGAAAUUAUUAUUGAGGAGGCUUUUAGCAAAAAGGAGUGGAUCAAGAUGGGCUUGCCCGUAAAGAAGAGGAGGCCAGAGGACGAGUCCCUGGAAGUUAUGGUGGCAGAAAAAGAGUCGGAAGUCGGAAGUUAUGGCCAGCCUGCCCAAACCAAAGGAAGCCCGGAACGAAAUGCAUACCUGUUCGGGAGGCGAUUUAUCCUAAGGAUCGAUCCCACCAAUGUUGUCGGAGUCCUAAAGAACUGCAAGCCCAUAGACCCGACUAUUGGCAGAUGGAUAGGCUUCAUAUGGCAAUUCGACUAUAAGGUCGAGCGAAUUGCAAGGCUUCGAAAUAGGGCAGAUGGGCUGAGCAAGGUUUGUAUCACGCCAGAAGGAGUAGAGGACGCAGAACCAAUUGACGCCUUCCUGGAGUACAAAGGAGGGACCGUUGUCAUGGAUAAUGAGAUGGCAGAUCCGGCAAUUACAACAGGACAGUUGUUGAUUCAGACCUUGGAAAAGGGCGCAUCUGCAGUAGUUGCAGAACUCAGGGAAGGACCACUCACCACGGUUAGGCGUAAAGAGGAAAAAGACUCGUGGGGAGCAGAAGUAGGGGUCAGAGAGGAACUGAUGGCAAUGACCGUGGAGGGGGGACGAGACGUCGUGAUGACGUUAGCCGAAGCUUGGGCGCAGAAGGAGUGUCAGUAUCUAGUCAACCUCACUCGGGAGGAACAGGGUACGGAUCAAAAGGAACAUAACUUCUUCCUCAUACAGAUGUACGAGGGCAUCUUUAAAGAAAUCGGUCUGUUACUUGUAGGGAACAAACAACCCACGGAAGUCAGUCCCAAGGCAAGGGAGGAAGUCGAAAAGUAUGUCCUAAGAAAUGGUCACCUGUUCAAGAAAGAGGAAGGGAUGACACCUAGGCGUGUCGUUUGUGGGAGGUCUAGGCAGCUGGACGUAAUCCAGGCAAUGCAUGACGGGUUAGCUGGAGCUCACCGGUCAUCCAAGGGGACACUUGCAAAGAUCGUGCCCCUGUACUUUUGGCCACAGAUGGCAGGCAUGGUCACAACGUAUUGUCAAACGUGUCUGAUAUGUCAAGAAAGGAGCGCCGUACGAGUUUACGAGCCCCUUAGACGCACCUGGGUACUGGGACGUAGACACCUUGUUCACCUCGACCUUGCCGUUAUGCCCGUAUCAACGGAUGGGUUUAGAUACAUCUUGGAUGCAAGGAAUAAUCUCAAUGGCUAUGUGGAAGUCAUAGCCCUCAAGAAGAAGACGGGGAAAACGGUGGCCAACUGGGUGGAAGAUUUCUACCUAAGGCACCCCUUCGUGCGCAGGUUUAUAGCAGACAAUGGGACAAAAUUCGUUAACCAGGAAGUGUUGAACAAGCUUAAGACACUGUGUGUACCGAUCAAGAUUACUAAGUCCUACCAUCCUGAGGCAAAUGCACCAGUAGAAAGGGGUCACCGGACUUUGAAGAAUACAAUCGCAAAGUUGGCAGCAGAUAAUUUGGGAAAUUGGCCACGGUUUCUCAAGCAGGCAGUCUUCGCCGAGAACAUGACUCCAAAAAGAACAACGGGAUGUAUUCCAGCAGAACUCUGGUACGGAAGGGAGAUCGAUUUUUCGAUAGAAGCUUUGGUCCCUACCUGGAACAGGCUAGAUGACGAUCCACACUUGAGCACGGAAGAGUUAAUCACCGCACGUUGUCAGCAGGUCGCCAGGAAUGAGGAGGCACUCGAGGAAGUAGUUAAUCGGGUGACGGACAGCCGAAUGAGGGAUAAAGCAAGAUGGGACCAGGUUAAGAACAUUCGGAAGGAGCCACUCCCAGUGGGGGAAAAGGUGCUAAUUAGGAACUCGGCUCUUGAAAGCACAUGGUCCGGGCAGCUGAGAAAAAGAUUCAAAGGGCCCUACAUGAUCGCUGAGCGGGUGGGACUGAACACGUUUGAACUUGAGGAUCUUGAUGGUACUAGCAUAAGAGGGCCGGAAGAGGGACAAUCCUCAAGACAAGCCGGAGAGUCAAGCUCCAGGAAAAGGAAGUUGUACGUGGGGUUCGAUCACAAUCUAGUUGUGAACAGGGGGGGUAGGAAGCAAGGAACCAGGGGGCCAUCGCCGCUAAAGGAAGGGGAGCCAAUAGAAUUGCCAUCAGACAGUGACCUUAGUAGCAAGGAAGAGGGGAACCCGGAAAAAAGGCGAAGGCUGGAAGAGGGGAAUGUAGAGGAGGGGCAAUGGUUGGGAGAGAAUGAGCCAGUUGAGUUCAUCGACCUCACCAGCGAUGAGGAGGAUGAUGAAGUGACAACGCCUACUAGGGAAGAACGGGGGAGAGGGGAGCAACCGGGUGAGAAGAAGGAUAAAUGGAUAAAAGAGUUCGGAAAUGAGUUCAGCAAUUGGUUUGAUCAAUGGGGCACCAUCUUGCGAUACCAAUGGAUUAUGAAGGCAAGGGAAAAGCUGGGCAGGGGAGAGGAUCUAUCCCCAACAACGUUCUUCACAUAACAGACGCUCCUCCAAUUCCAAGCCAUAA